GGGCAGCUGCAUCCCGCGGUGCGCGUGGCCGACCUCCUGCAGCACAUCAACCAGAUGAAGACAGCCGAGGGCUAUGGCUUCAAGCAGGAGUACGAGAGUUUCUUUGAAGGCUGGGAUGCCACAAAGAAGAAAGACAAGGUCAAGGGCAGCCGGCAAGAGCCCAUGCCUGCCUAUGAUCGGCACCGAGUGAAACUGCCCCCGAUGAUGGGAGGCCCCGAUGCCGACUACAUUAACGCCAACUACAUAGACGUGAGUGCCUCGCCGUCAUCUCUGCUGGCCUCGCCCUGCCCGCUCUAGGCGCACUGCCCAGGCAGGCCAGCAACCUGACAGGGAAUACGUGGGGGUUCACGGUGCCCCUACCUCCUGCAGUCAGUGCCAGGGAGCUCAGAAGAGGGGAGGGCAGAUGACAGCCGUCAGGAAAACUUGCUGCGGGACGGACAGAUGGGGGGCUUCCGUGAAGCAGAAAGAAGGGGAGUGGGCAGACAGCUAGGCCUGGAGUUGAGGAAGGAGCCCCUCUCACUGAGGCCCGAGAGGCUUGGCGCUGGGAUUCACAUGACUCGCGGGAAGGCUGCAGGCAGGCAGGGGCUGGACUGCGAAGGCCUCCAAUGGCAGGCCGAGGAGGUGGGGCUUUUCCCUAGGGGUCCCAGGGAGUUGCUACGAGUGUUUGGACCGUGAUCAGAGUGGUACUUGAAGAAUAACAGCUCAUGUUUAUUGAGCAGAUGCUGUGUGCCAAGCGCUGUGCUAAGCACUUUAUAUCAAAGAUUUCAUCUUAUAUAAUCCCUGAAAUCUUAUAUAAUCCCCUCACUUUACAGGUGAGGCGGCAGACUCAGAGAGGUGGAGCUGCUAGUCCAAGGCCACAGAGCUAGCGAGUGGGCCAAAAGGGACUCAGAUCUCCGCUUGUCUGUGUCUCCAAAGCCUUUGUUGCUAACCACAGGGCUCUCCUGCCAGCCAGUGCAGUGGCUGGGUCCGGAUGGGCCGAGGAAGGGGCUAGGGACAGGGCAGGCAGCUCCCCAGGUGUGAAUGAGGGGCCCCGGGACCCUGGUCAGACUCGCCCACCCUGACAGCAAGCCACGUUUGGGAGAGAAUCAUUUAUUCCUUCAUCAGAUCUGUUUCGAGCAUCUACCAUGUGCCAGGCUGGGUACCAGAGAUAGAGCAAAGAACGACAUAGACAGCAUCCCUGCUUUCCUUGAAUGUAUGGAUUCUAGUCGGGGAGACACAUAAACGUAUCUACAAGUAAGAUCAUUUCAGAUGAGCUGGGAAAGCACAGGCCAGAAACGAGGAAUGACUUUCCUAGUAUCACACAGCAAGUUAGCGGUACGGCCAGGCUUAGCCGCAGCAGGCUGCGUGGAGGCGGGGGCUUGAGCUGGCUUUGUGUGGCCGGAGAGGAAAGGGGGAGAGUAGGGAGCGGCAGGAGCGAAGGAGGAGGAAGGUGUGUACCUGGGAGGUGGGAUAGUCAGGGACUCAGGAGACCUCUCCUCUCCCUCUUCUUCACCUCCUGGGGGCCAGAAAAUACGCUACCCCAUAUUUUCCAGAAUUCCUUACCUUCACCCCGACCUCCCAUGCUCUCCCUUGACUGGGGUACGGGCUGGGCCUGGCCUCUCAGACUCGGGCAACUUCGACGACAGGGGCCUCUUCUGGGUCUCCUCAGUGUCCCAGUUGGCUUCCCCGUGGGCCCCAGCAGGCUCAUGCCACUCCCUGCUUUCUGGCCCAGCCCGGCCCCUGUCUCUGCUCUGCCUCCCCUCCUCACAUCACCCAUCCUGGCCACUCCUAUGCUCCGUUCACCUCCAUCAGCCUCUGGCCUAAUAUCUGUCUCUUUUGCUUUGUACUGUUCCCUCACUGGCAUCAUUAAGAUUCGGAUAAACCGUGAAGUAAGUAUCUCUCUCCCCGUCUCCUCCUCCUCCUCCUGUCUUCUCACCAGCUGUAUCUCAGACUCUCUCAUAGUCUCUGGCUGUCUUUCUCUCUCUGUCUCUGUCCUCCUUCCCCUCCACUCGUGCGCCCAAUGCCAACUGUCCAUUUCAGCAGCCUGGCCAGGGGCCACCCGGGGCUGCAGAUUUGACACGACCCCUGUUGUAAACAAUUCCUUCCUGUCCUCCACUGCCCUGAGAUGGGGCAUCAGGGUUGGGAUGCUUCCAUAGGCCCCCUUCACCGGCCACCACCUUCUGUCACUUUUGUCCCCCAACUCCCCACGCCCAGUGAGUCUCACUAGCCAUAACU